GCGGGCAAAGUCCUCCGCCAUGAGCGCGACGUGCGGCGGCCUCUCGGCCCUCCCCGUGCUGCCAGGGGAGGUGGUCCUGGAGGCGGCGCGGGGAGUGCGGCACCGUGGGGCGGGCGGCUCGGUGCGGGGCACGCUGCUCUGCACCAACGUCCGCGUGGCGUUCGUGCCCGGAGCGCAGCCCCCCAGCUUCAGCCCCUUCCUGCAGAGCGACUACAGCGUGGCACUGCGCUGCAUCCGCACACUGGUGGCAGCCAGCAGCUUCACCAAACCCACGGUGCUGACGGCCGCCUCCAGCCUCACCUUCAUACCCGAGGAGCUGGCAGUUUUCUGCCGGGACUUCCGUCUGCUGCGCUUCCACUUCCCAGAGAACGGGCUGGGGCUGCAGGCGUUCCGGGUGGCCAACGCCAUCGCCCGAGCGCGGGACACGGCCACGUGGCCGGGGGACAGCGGGAGCCACGUGGAUGCCACAAUGGGAGACGAUGAGGACGAGGACGAAGGCUCCCCCCCCACGCUGCUCUUCGAGAGCCUCCAGGAUUGGGAGCGAGAGCUGCAGCGCCUGGGGGCAGUGGGUUGGAGGGUGAGCGCCGUCAAUGAGCGCUUCGAUAUGGCCCCCAGCCUGCCCCGCUACCUGUGGGUGCCCAGCACACUGCUGGACCACGACCUCAAGCGGACGUUCGCCCACUUCCAGGAGCGCCGCCUGGCUGUGAGUAAUGGGAUGUGGG